UGGGGCACCUCCCCCCGCCCUGCCGCCCCCUAGUUCUUAUUCUGGUCACCUCCCAUUCCUCUUCUUGACUCUUCUCCAAUUCCUCUUUUCCCGGCCCCUCGCGCCUUCCUUCGCUUGUUCCUCCAUCGCUCUUCCCUUUCCUCCCGGUAACAGCUCUUCUCCCGCUUCCCUCAACCCACCGCCCUCCCCCGGUUCGCUUUUUCCUCGCUCACUUCUGCCCUCUCCUCCGCCCUCCACUCGUUUCUUCAGCUUUUUCUCUCACUCACGUUGCCCUUUGGCCCCUGGCUCUCCCAGCACAAUUCGCUUCUCUCACUCCCCAGUCCUAGCUUCCGGAGAUCGAGCUUUGAGCCCCAUCCCGACCCCCACUCUCUGGGUCGCCAGCCUGCAUUCUUGGGUUCCUUGGCCGGUAGAGCUGGUGGCGCGCUGCUGCCCAGGUGCCCCAGCAGCCAUCCCCUUUCCUCUCCCUUGUGUAGCUGCCGCCCCCACCCCACCCCCCGAGCCAGGAGAUUGUUUGUCCAGCGGCGGCCGCUGCGGCCCACGCUGUUUGCAAAGCUUAGCGCGCCGUCGCGCAGUGCGGGCCCAAUUAAGUCUCAUUCAUUAUUCAGCGCCCCUGUCUGCCCCCGCCCCCAGCAGUCUGAGGCGUCGCUUUGGGGCCCCUCCCAGCCUUAGACCCGCAGUGAGCCCUAAGAGGUUAUAUAGAAAGCAGCAUUUCCUCUCUAGGCCGAGAAGAGGGCUGAGGGCGCCGGGGGUUUGGAGGGAUCUGCUUACUGCAGGGAGGUGACACCGGCAAGGCCGACCGUUCCCCACAAACGCCCUCAAGUCCGGAUUGGGGGACCUUGGAGAUCCACGAGAUUUCCAGAGAAAGAAACUGAGGCCCAAGGAGCUGCAUGACUUAACCAAGGUCACGGAGUAGAACCCGGGAUUGGAGCGAGGCCGGGACAUUGAAAUGAAGGUGUCUUGCAUUGCAGCUCCGUGGCAGCUCAGAGGCGCGGGAAGGCAGACCACCCCCAGCCUCGGGCUGCGGCCUCGCCCUCCUAGUGGUGCCUCCCGCCCUCCAUCUCUCUGCUCCGGUUUCUUCCUCUGGCCCUUGGCCCGCGGGACAGAGCAGCCCUGGAUUGGGAGGCUCCUCAGGUCUCAUGCUCAGGUGCAAAAGCAAAGCCCUUAACUGGAAGGCCCAAAGGCGGGCCCGUGAGGCAAGCUCUGUGGGGGGCUGAGGCCAGCCUGUGUUUGGGGUGGUCCCUCCCUGCAGUAGUCAGCCUGUCAGUGGAUGUCUCUGCCUUAGGGAAAUUGGAGGUGGAACCGUCCAGUCUUGAAGGUCAACCGACCGUGAAGAGAGGAGCUUGCAGCUUGAGCACUACAGAUAGGAGCGUCCCUUGCUCCCGCCAGGCAGCCCCUCAGUAGGGGCCGCCGUGUGCUGCUGUGCCUCGGCAUCCGCGCAAGGUGAGUCUGGGACCGCCCGGAGCCGCUCUUCUUCAGCGGCAGCGCCACCUGGCGGCCGUGGCGCCUUGGUGCGGGAGGCACUGGGCCUGGACUGGGCGCUGAGCUCGAGCGAGCUGACGGCGUCUGCAGAGCCUUGCACCGAACUUCCCUGCGAGGGAGGGCGGGAGGAGUCCCCGGCAGGAAGGUGAUCUCUAGGGGGCCGGGGAGGGGCCCUGGGGAGGAGCCUGGUCUGGGGACGCCCGACUUCCGUGACACAAAAGACAAAGUCCAUUUGGAUGGAAGUAGGAGCCGGGCGAGACAGGCCAUUUUCACUCUGUAGUCAAAGGAAAUGACUGGUCUGAUGCGGUCUGGGAGCGGGGCACCCAGGGCCUAAGGACAACUCUGGAACCAUGACGUCCAUGAUUCUCACAGGGGACCCUGAGAUUUCUAUGCUGUGAGAAACUGGACCUAUUCUGAGACCUUUGCCUUACAGGAUGGCCAAGGGGCUCCUGGUGACCUAUGCCCUCUGGGCUGUGGGGGGCCCUGCUGGGCUCCACCACCUAUACCUAGGAAGGGACAGCCAUGCCCUGCUCUGGAUGCUGACCCUGGGGGGUGGUGGGCUGGGCUGGCUUUUGGAGUUCUGGAAACUCCCAACCUUUGUAGCUCAGGCCAACAGAGCCCAGGGACAGAGGCAGAGCCCCCGAGGGGUGACACCCCCUCUAAGUCCCAUUCGAUUUGUCGCCCAGGUGAUAGUUGGCAUCUAUUUUGGCCUUGUGGCGCUGAUUAGCCUUUCUUCCAUGGUCAACUUCUAUAUUGUGGCCCUCCCACUGGCAGUUGGCUUAGGAGUCUUGCUGGUGGCUGCUGUUGGCAACCAGACCUCAGACUUUAAGAACACUCUGGGGGCAGCAUUUCUCACUUCUCCUAUCUUCUAUGGCCGCCCCAUAGCUAUCCUGCCCAUCAGUGUGGCUGCCAGCGUUACAGCUCAGAAGCAUCGCCGCUACAAAGCGUCAGUAGCAUCAGAGCCACUCAGCGUGAGGCUCUACCGGCUAGGCUUGGCUUACCUUGCUUUCACGGGCCCACUGGUAUACAGUGCCCUCUGCAACACAGCUGCCACCCUCAGCUAUGUGGCAGAAACCCUUGGCUCCCUCUUGAACUGGUUCAACUUCUUCCCCCUUCUUGGCCGCCUCAUGGAGCUUUUCCUUCUUCUGCCUUACCGGAUCUGGAGGCUACUGAUGGGGGAUCCUGGCUUCAACAGCAGCUACUUCCAGGAGUGGGAGAAACUCUAUGAGUUUGUUCAGAGUUUUCAGGAUGAGAAGCGUCAACUGGCUUACCAGGUUUUGGGCCUCCCAGAAUGGGCAACAAAUGAAGAAAUACAUCAGAGUUAUCGGGAGCUAGUGAAGGUCUGGCACCCAGACCACAACCUGGACCAGACAGAGGAGGCACAGAGGCACUUCCUGGAGAUCCAGGCUGCAUAUGAAGUCCUGAGUCAACCCAGGAAGCACAGGGGAUCCUGGAGGUGAGAAGAAAUGUCCCCCUGAGGAUGGACUUCUUAGCAGAGCUUGGCAACUUGUCCCAAAUCUAGCUUUGCCCACAAAUGGCAUCCCAACAGCAUUGAAGAAACUCCUUGGUGGCUCACGCCUGUAAUCCUGGCACUUUGGGAGGCUGAGGCAGGCAGAUCACCUGAGGUCAGAAGUUCAAGACCAGCCUGACCAACAUGGAGAAACCCUAUCUCUACUAAAAAUACAAAAAAUUAGCCAGGUAUGGUGGUGCACACCUGUAAUCCCAGCUUCUGGGGAGGCUGAGGCAGUAGAAUGGCUUGAACCUGGGAGGCAGAGGUUGCAGUGAGCCAAGAUCGUGCCAUUGCAGUCCAGCCUGGGCAACCAGAGCAAAACCCCAUCUCAAAAAAAAGAAAAAGAAACUGCUUGCAGUGGACAUGAGAAAACCUUAAAGGAGUGAGAAAGAUUGCAGUAGAAGAAUGUGUUUAUAUUCUGAAUUUCUGGACUCUUGGCUAUUGUAAUUUUUUUCUUAAAACCAGAGACUGAGAGGCAUAUUGUAAAACAAUCAAAUAUCUUUUAGAGUAUGUAUAACUAUUAAUUAUCAAUAAAAAUAAUUAGAAAAAAUAUAUCUUUUAGAGAACACACCACUUUAUCCCACCCAUGUUGUAUCGAUAUGUGAUGGAGGAAGGUUAUUUAACUUUUUUUUUUUUUUUUAAGAGGGAGUCUUGCUCUGUCUCCUAGGCUGGAGUGCAGUGGCACCAUCUCAGCUCACUGCAACCUCUGCCUCCUGGGGUCAAGCGAUUCUCCUGCCUCAGCCUCCUAAGUAGCUGGGACUACAGGCGUGCACCACCAUGCCUGGCUAAUCUUUUUUUAUUUUUCUUUCUUUUUUUUUUUUCAAUUUUCCCGGAAGCCCAAGAUCAAUUUUCUUUUUCUUUUAUUUAUUUUUUAUUAUUUUAUUUUAUUUUAUGUUUUUAAUCUUUUUGUAUUUUUAGUAGAGACAGGGUUUCACCAUGUUGGCCAGGAUGGUUUCAAUCUCUUGACCUCAUAAUCUGCCUGCCUCAGCCUCCCAAAGUGCUGAAAUUACAGAUGUGAGCCACCAAGCCCAGCCUUUUUUUUUAGAAAGAGACCAGGCUGGAAUGCAGUAGCCCAUCUCAGCUCACUGCAACCUCUGCCUCCUGGGUUCAAGCAAUUUACGUGCCUCAGCUUCUCGAGUAGCUGGGAUUACAGGCAUGUACCACUAUGUCCAGCUAAUUUUUUGUGUUUUUAGUAGAGAUGGGAUUUCACUAUGCUGGCCAGGCUGGCCUGAAACUCCUGGCCUUAAGUGAUCCACCUUCCUCAGCCUCCCAAAGGGCUGGGAUUACAGGUGGUGAGCCUCCAUGCCCUACCUAUAAAAGAGCUUUAAAAAAUUCAGGCCGGGCCCAGUGGCUCACGCCUGUAAUCCCAGCACUUUGGGAGGCCGAGGCGGGUGGAUCACGAGGUCAAGAGAUCGAGACCAUCCUGGUCAACAAGGUGAAACCCCGUCUCUACUAAAAAUACAAAAAUUAGCUGGGCAUGGUGGUGUGUGCCUGUAGUCCCAGCUACUCAGGAGGCUGAGACAGGAGAAUUGCUUGAACCCAGGAGGCGGAGAUUGCGGUGAGCCGAGAUCACGCCAUUGCACUCCAGUCUGGGUAACAACAGCAAAACUCGGUCUCAAAAAAAAAAAAAAAAAAAAAUUUGCCAAUGAAUUUACUUAUAUACCAUAAUUUCAAGAUCCAAUUAAUUUUCACACCAUUUUAAUGUUGCCAAGAAUUGACAUACAUUUGCUUUGCCAAACACUUAUAGUUUGUCAGAUUAUCAUGUUGAAUUUUCAUAGGCUAUUAAUAAUUUUUAAUAUGAUAUGUAGCACUACUUCUGUAAAACAUAAAUAUAUCCAAAAUAAUCUAUAAGGAAAAAGAGACCAAGGAGUGGUUAGGGUCUUUACUUGAUAUGGAAAAUUAUUUUACUGUUCUCAAUGUUUUCUUUUGUUUUGUUUUGAGACAGAAUCUUGCACUGUUGCCAGGCUGCAACGCAGUGGUACAGUUUCAGCCCACUGCAACUUCCGCCUCCAGGGUUCAAGUGAUUCUCCUGCCUCAGCCUCCCAAGUAGAUAGGUCUACAGGUGCAUGCCACCAUGCCUAGCUAAUUUUUUAUUUUUAGUAGAGACAGGGUUUCACCAUGUUGGCCAGGAUGGUCUCACAUCUUGACCUGGUGACCUGCCCGCCUCGACCUCCCAAAGUGCUAGGACUACAGUCGUCAGCCACCGUGCCUAGCUACUGUUCUCAAAUUUUAUUAUGGGUUUUUGUUACAAAAUAUGGUAAUAUUUUAAUUUACUCAAGUGGGAACUACUGAUAAGCAGUUCUUAUUUUUCCAGCAUAAGCAAGGCUACAAUAAAUAUCUUUGACUAUAUGCACUUUUGUUUUUGUUGAAGCUAUAUCCCGAUUAAGUGAUAAAUAGGGUCAAGCAGAAGACAUGGUUUUACAAUUUUUAUUAAUAUUGUAUCGGGCCAGGCAUGGUGGUUCAGGCCUGGCAUUCCAGAACUUUUCGAGGCUGCGGUGGGAGGAUAGCUUAGCUCAGAAGUUCAAGACCAGCUUGGGCAACCAGCAAGAC